AUGCGUUCUUUCUUUCAAGGACUGUAUGACCUCUUGUUUCUCGUCUUUAUCGGCAUUCUUCUCUUUGGCUUUCCUCACAUUCCAUCACAUUGUCCUUUCCAUUUCUACAUACCCUUUCUUUUUCACUUUCUUUCUUUCCUACUCCUUUUGCAUUAUUUCCUGUAUUACUUAUUUCCUGUAUUUCUUCUUCUUCUUCUUCUUCUUCUUCUUCUUCUUCUUCUUCUUCUUCUUCUUCUUCUCUACCUACUAAGAACUUUUAUUUCUGUUCCACUUUCUUUCGUUCUUCUUCUUCUUCUUCUUCUUCUUCUUCUUCUUCUUAUUCUCUACCUACUAAGAGUCUUUUUUUAUUUUAACGAUUUAAUUUCUUUCUUCCAUUUCUUUUUUCUUUCGACUUUUAUUUCUGUUCCACUUUCUUUCGUUCUUCUUCUUCUUCUUCUUCUUCUUCUUCUUCUUAUUCUCUACCUACUAAGAGUCUUUUUUUAUUUUAACGAUUUAAUUUCUUUCUUCCAUUUCUUUUUUCUUUCGGUUUUCUUUCUGUUUUUCUUACUUAUCUGCUACCAUAGACUUUUAUUUCUGUUCCACUUUCUUUCGUUCUUCUUCUUCUUCUUCUUCUUCUUAUUCUUCUUCUUCUUAUUAUUCUUCUUAUUCUUCUUCUUCUUCUUCUUCUUCUUCUUAUUAUUAUUAUUAUUAUUAUUAUUAUUAUUAUUAUUAUUAAAUACCACCUCGGUGUCUUUUUUCCCUGUAAGGUUUUCCGUUCUUUCUUCCUUGUCCUUUUUUCUUUCAUUUUUUCUUUUUCUUUCAUUCUUCAAUUCCCUCCUCCUACUACUCCUCCCCUCCUUCUUCGUAUUAUUUCAUAAAGUAUUUUCUUUCAUUCUUUGUCAAAUUAGAUUCUUUUUCUUUCACUUUACUCACUUUUUCUUGAUUUUCCUUUCUUUCUUCCGUUUUCUGCUUCCUGAAAUAUUUUUUUUUAUUUUCUCUCUACAUUUCUGCAACCUCACCCCAUUUUUCUUUCUUUCUUUCUUUCUUUCUUUCUUUCUUUCUUUCUUUCUUUCUUUGCUACUCAAGACGAUUGCGUUAUUUUUUUCUUUACUGCUACUCUAG